AGUUUGAGGAACUGAUCCGGCAGGGUUGACUUCCUCACCGGGGGAGAGUGAACUGAACCCGGAGCCAACAUGACCAGCAACCGGAGUGAAAACGGGGCUGCGGAGUCAAAAAGUGAGGAAGGCGAGCUCAGCUCUACGUCCCGUGCUUCGGCCAGAUGGGGUCCUCAACACGCAGGCGCUCGUGAGCUCGCAAAUUUAUACUCCCCAGGUAAGAGGUGUCAGGAAUGGAUCAGUGUUAUUCUCUGUUUCACGCUCAUGGCCUUUAAUUUCUUUUACCUCCUCGCCCACUUCCACCUGGGCCAUAUCUGGUACAUCCUUCUGGGAAUUGUGGCAGGAAUCCUUACAGCAGACUUUGCCUCUGGCCUGGUCCACUGGGGCGCUGACACGUGGGGGUCUGUGGAUUUGCCCAUCGUUGGAAAGGCGUUUAUUCGUCCAUUUCGGGAACAUCAUAUUGAUCCCACAGCCAUCACACGGCAUGAUUUCAUAGAGACGAACGGUGAUAACUGCAUGCUGACAAUCAUUCCCCUGGCUAACAUGGCCUACAACUUCCAUACUCUAACUCCAGUGGAGAUUUAUCAUAUCUUCCCCUGGUACUGUUACCUAUAUUCUUUGGCCAUCUUUGUGACACUGACCAAUCAGAUCCAUAAGUGGUCUCAUACAUAUUUUGGGCUGCCACGCUGGGUCACCUUGCUGCAGGACUGCCACAUCAUCCUCCCCCGCAAACACCACAGAGUUCAUCAUGUAUCACCUCAUGAGACCUAUUUCUGCAUCACUACAGGCUGGUUGAACUACCCCCUGGAGAAGCUUGGCUUCUGGAGGAAUCUGGAGGACAUCAUCCAGAGCCUGACAGGAGAGAAGCCCAGAUCAGAUGACUUGAAAUGGGCCCAAAAAACCCAGUAAUGUUCCUCUGGUGCCAGCGUCCCUCUCCUACCUCAUACCUCUGUAUAGAGGUCCAGCCUCCAUCUCCUCCUCAUUCAGCUCCCCAGCAUUGACCCCUCCAUGGGGAUGAUAAGAACUGAAUGAUGCUGAUAAUGCAAAAGCUUCCAGCCCUCAGAGAGAAGAAAGGAGGAGAGAAGUAGAGAGUGUGUUUGCAAGCAAUACUUCUCCGCACUUCUGAUCCAGCAACUGCUCUCGAAUCUGUUUUUAUACUCACCAAUAUUCUCCCUAUUUCCUGCACAAAGAAGCCAUUUUACCUCCGCUAUUGGGGUAUUAAGCAUCCAAAAAUGCCCUGCUGAUGAACUUGAAACCUGAAGCAAAAUGAAAAAUCCACAUUUUUAAAUACUUGAACAGUGAGCUACAGUUCAAACAGAUGCCUUUAAAAAAAACACACACACACACAAAACUGCUCACAGAUUUCUGCAGACUGACAAGAAUGGUUAACUUUGAGGAAUGCUACUUUCUCAACAUUGUAGUCUGCAGUGAGGAAACCUGAGGAAGUCUUUCCUGGCCCAUCUUUUUUUAUUGAUGAUAUGGCUCGUACUAGUGGAGGGCUGGAACCGGUGUCUUCACUUGUUUGCUGACGUCUGAACAGACAAAGCUGUUGAAUAUGCAGUCUUUUCUCAGUCUGCCUUACUUAUGCAGUACAUGCAGCAGAGACGGUUCACUCUGGUGUCUCUUUAUAUCUCACACACACACACACACACUCCACAAUUUACACUUUUCACUCCUCACUUUGCACUCCAAAUAUACUCCACACAAAACGUUUGGCUUGUGAAUCAUACACACUAUUGUUACAGUAUGUUUUUCCACAUUGUUACAUAUCCAUCCAUCCAUAAAGAUGUGCUAUUUCUUUUUUUUUAUUUUAUUUUUUGCACAAGCACAUUCUCUCCUCUUAAUGUUCUGGCUCUGUUCUGGUGCUCUAAAGACACACAAAAAUUAUUUAUUUGUAAAGGUUACUUGUGCAAGAAACUGACUUUUCAGUAGGAGUUUUAAGAGCUAAACAGAUCCUAAACCUAAUGACAAUUUAGAUGCAUAGGAAAGAAUUGAGUAGAAUCAUUUUUCUUGUCUUAACUGAUCACGUAAUCAUAGCUGCUCAGUUGGAUGAUACUGUGUCUUUACACAGUCUUUAUAAGUCCAUUGCUCACGUGCGAGACCGAAGGUCUCCACUGUCCAACACUUUGAAUAGCUGCAUACAGCUAGUUAUAAAGCUAUUUAUAAUGACUCUCUAACUACAGAAUAUGUACAAAUUGAACAGAAGAAUAUUAAUCAUCAUCAUUUUGCAGUUUUUCAAUAACAUCAAUGUAAAGCACCGCUUAACACUAAGUUACUAAAUUAGUCACUCGCCUUAUUCCACAGUUUCUUCUCAAUAUGUAAUGGGAAUGUAAACUAUGUGUAUAUUCUCUGCACAAAAUGAAGUUUUCUAAUAGCUUACUAAUUGCCAUGGACCGUCUACACAGCUUUGCUUGAUUUAGAGAAAAUAGGAUAUAUUGUUUUAUUUUUUUUCUUGGAGAGGUAUGUACAUGAAUUAGCUAGGUCAGAAUUCCUCCACACAACUACAUUUUUAAAAAAUUAUUACUUGAAAUUCUAUAAAUCUAUAAUGAUAUGAUUGAUAUGUCUAGAUGGAAUAGUUUUCUCGUAUAAACAAGGUAUUAUAUAUAUAUAUAUAAAAAAUAACUACAAUCACUGGCUUUUUUUUUUGUCCAAAGGUAUUUAAUUUGAGCCAUUAUUUCUUUUCAGUCUUUGUCAACUGUUGAGUUCGUCCUUCUUUACCAAACAAAAAAAUUGAGUGCAAUCCAAUCUAUGUCCUUUAGAAUGAAAUAUUAAUCGUUGUCUGAUCAAAUGAAAACAAACAAACUUCUAUGUAAUACGGUAAUAAGGUGCUUGCUAUGUGUGAAUUGUUCAAACAUAUGCCAGUAUGCCAAAUUUUUCAAGCUUUAGCCUUUGAAGAAACUGUUUUUUUUUAUGGGACAAUAUAGAGAAGUAUUUAAUUAGUACUGUUAUGGGUAUGUAAAGGGUCAACAUUUUAAAAGGUCAUUAAUUAUAAUGGUGUCAAAUUACAUGGAGCAUAAGAACAAUUGCCAGGAUUUUUAUUUUUUAUUUUUUUUGCAAAAAAAAAUGAUUUGUGAAAUGUGCACAUUUUCAGACUCUUUUUUUUUUUUUUUUACAUUGUUAAUUUGUAGUAUUUUUUCCAAGUAUGGGUUUGUAAAGUAAAGUUUAAGUGUGGUGUUUUUCUUUUUGAUACAGAUCAUUGGGAUGAUUUGAACUUCAUUGGCAUGUUGUAGUGUGGUUAGACUAGUGUUAAUUUAAGCCAUGGAGAACUGAAUGGGGGGCUAAAUGCACAAUGUUUCCCUCACAAAAGUACUUCUAGUCAUGGCAGCACACAGGAAUAAUAUUCAGACAGAUAUUCUGUGUAUCCUGUGAACUGGAGCGUUGCUAUGUGAGUAAUUUAAUCAUCCUGAAAAAAUCCACAUGAAUUUGAUCUCAAUGGCACCUCUAAUUUAUUGUCCAUGCUUACAGGAAUAUUAAAUAUAUCCACUUAUUUUUUGCUUGUGCAGCUUGUUAAUAAGGUUUUAAAGAGCACUUCCGUCAGUUCUGGACUAUUAUAUUACCAGUGGUGAGGUUCCAGUUAUGUUCAAUUCUUUGGGUCAUAAUCUGCCAAUAGGUCAAUAUUUUAAAUAUGUAGAAACAACUAUUUAAAUGAAUUGAUUGGAACACUCCUUCAUUAGUAGUGGUGUUUAGGAAAUGGGACCUUGAGGUACCAUUUUAGGACAGUAAAGUUGUUGCAUUGGAUUUGUAACCUGCAGGAAUUUACUAACUUGGCCAUGAAGCGUCUUAACAUUUGCCUACAUGUCUGAAGUUAUUAUGUUAAUAUAAUUAUUGUGGUGUAAUAAACUGGCUGAUUUUUUUUUUUUUUUCUUUUUUUUUUUU